CGCUCUUCAACGGUUCAUUUUCACCAACGGCUACUUUUCCCCUUCCCCUAUUCAUUUCUCUCUCUUAACAACCUUUUUCUUUUCAUCAAAUUCAAACCUCUCAAACAUAGCAACUCCCACAUUUUCCGUCCAAAUUUUCUCGAAGAUAGAAAGUUCGCUCAAAUAUUCCACCGCGUCGGUUCUUCAGGUACAAUUCCUUCAACAUGUCUAAUGUCCAAAGUGAUCCGCUCCUACAAGUUGAAACAACAUGUGGAUCUCUUCUAUAUGAGCUUCAGAUAAUAUGGGAUGAAGUUGGGGAGUCUGAUACUGAUAGGGAUAAAAUGCUGCUUGAACUUGAACGAGAGUGUCUAGAAGUUUAUAGGAGAAAGGUAGAUCAGGCAAACCGAUGUAGAGCUCAGCUACGACAGGCAAUUGCUGAUUCUGAAGCAGAGCUUGCUGCCAUAUGUUCUGCCAUGGGGGAGCGACCAGUGCAUAUCAGGCAGUCUGAUCAAAAUGCUGGAAGUUUGAAAGAGGAGCUCAAGGCCAUUAUUCCACAACUGGAAGAGAUGCACAAACGGAAAAGUGAGAGAAGGAAUCAAUUUUUUGAAGUUGUGGAGGAAAUAGAGAAGAUAAAAAGUGAAAUCUAUAGUUCCACAGAGUACAUUGCUUCCAAGACAGUUGUAGAUGACACUGACCUGUCUUUAAGAAAGCUUGAGGAAUUGCACAAACAGCUUCAGGCACUUCAAAAAGAGAAGAGUGAUCGCUUAAAGCAGGUUCUCGACCACCUGAGUACUUUGAACUCUCUUUGUUUGGUCCUUGGUAUGGAUUUCCAGCAAACAGUUAAUGAGGUUCAUCCCAGUUUAGGUGAUUCUGAUGGAAGAAAGAACAUAAGUAAUGCCACAAUUGAGCAGUUGGCAGCUGCAAUAAAGACCUUGCGAGGGGUUAAAAUACAGAGAAUGCAGAGGCUCCAAGAUCUUGCAUCUUCCAUGUUGGAGCUAUGGAAUUUGAUGGAUACACCAAUUGAAGAGCAACAGUUGUUUCAGAACGUUACUUGUAAUAUUGCUGCUUCAGAACAUGAGAUAAAUGAGCCCAACACACUCUCUGUGGACUUCAUUAAUUAUGUAGAGGCAGAAGUUUCUAGGCUGGAAGAGCUGAAAGCAAGCAAAAUGAAAGAGCUUGUUUUAAAGAAGAGGUCAGAACUAGAGGAGAUCUGUAGGAAGACACAUAUGAUCCCAGAAGCAGAUAGUGCGCUGGAUUAUGUUAUUGAAGCUAUGGAGUCUGGAGCUGUGGAUGCUUCUUGUGUCCUUGAACAAAUUGAACUUCAAGUUGCAAAGGUUAAAGAGGAAGCUUUUAGCAGGAAAGAAAUACUUGAAAAAGUUGAUAAAUGGUUGGCUGCAUGUGAGGAGGAGAGUUGGCUUGAGGAAUAUAAUAGGGAUGACAACCGAUAUAAUGCUGGUAGAGGCGCUCAUCUUACUCUCAAGCGUGCUGAGAAAGCUCGUUCUUUGGUUAAUAAACUUCCAGCAAUGGUGGAUGCAUUGGCUUCAAAAACUGUGGCAUGGGAGAAGGAGAGAGGUGUUGAGUUCACAUAUGAUGGGAUUCGUCUUCUUUCUAUGCUUGAAGAGUAUACUUUUCUACGGCAAGAGAAAGAGGAAGAACGCCGAAGGCAGAGGGACCAGAAGAAACUUCAGGGGCAGCUAAUAGCUGAACAAGAGGCACUUUUUGGGUCAAAACCAAGUCCUUCAAAGCCACAGAGUGUUAAAAAGGCUUCUAGAGUUUCAACUGGAAGCACAGGCAGCAGAAGACUCUCUGUUGGAGGAGCAAUGAUUCAAACUCCCAAACCUGAUCCAAUUCACUCUACAAAAGCCACCCCUAGGCCAGGCAAGAAGAGUGAUCGUUACCAAAUUGACCAAGUAAGACAUUGCCAGGAUGAUGGGUUUACAGCAUUAUCAGCUGGUACUAGAGGUUUGGACAUUGCAGGGCUCCCCAUAAAAAAGCAAUCCUUCAAUCCACGUGAAAUAGACUCACCCAUGAUGCGAAAACCCUUCUCGCCAAUAUCUUCCACAGCAUCAUCAGAAGCCAACACCAUGUUAGAAGAUCUCAACAGACCUCAGCCCAAGAUACUGCACAAGACAGUGUCUAGUAACAACAUCCCCUACACAACUCCCUCCAAAUCACAACUACCACCACCUUCUGCCACAGAUGAAGAGAACAGGACCCCAAAGACAAUGCCAAUUCCUGUCCCCUCCACACCUUCAACUGUAUCAGUGCCAAUGCUGACAGCCAUGACCCCUGCUCCCCCUCCAGCCCCGGUCCCUUACAAUGCUAAUCCAGUAGAAGAGACCGAGUACUCAUUUGAGGAAAGAAGAGCUGGUUUUGUGCUGCCCCAGGCACAUCUAAAGACUGCAAUACAAGUUUGAUUUUUGUUUGGUUAGAAGACUUUCCAAGUGUUGUUCUUCUUUCACUUUUUUGUUGACUUUUGUGGAAGAUGAGUCAAUUGUGUUAUUGGCUUCUCUCUAAUAUGUGCAUGGGGAGUAUGGACUAGGAUUAUGUUGUUCCAA